UGCAGAUCCUUUUGGUGAUGCAACAGUGGAUGAAAAAGCACAGAUCUUAGUCAAGGGGUGACUUGAAAGCCUCUAUCAUGGAGUCGCAGCCUCGCUAAUCUUUUUUGAGGCGUCAGUCCAAAUAUCCAGCCUCGACAAAUCUCGCUGAAAUUAAACAUGUACCAGUCAAUGUAGAUAGAAUGUUCUAUCGUUAAAAUGAUAAUGUCCUACGGACCUGUGGUGAGGGCGUGUCCCGAGACACAGUCAGAUCAUUCAAACUACAGUCAAUGGCGGUCCUUAUAAGGAAGGAAUUUUUGUACUGGUCAGUCCUGCUGGAUGGUGCACUGAAUCCCCUGCUGUUGUGGCAGGCUGAAUGUUAGACUACAAUGUUUGUGAUGUAUACAUCUGAAUAUGACUUGGCACGGACAGUCUUGCCUGGCUUACAAGGUGUAAGUUUGAACCUAGUGACCUGGAAUGUAGGAGAUGAAGAGCCAUCAGCAGACUUAACAGAUUUAUUGAAUCUGAAAGCGGAUUCUUUGCCUGAUAUAUAUGCCAUUGGAUUGCAAGAACUGGUGUCUGGAGAAUUUGAUGCUUACAAAAAUUCUUGGACAACAAUUUUAACAGAUACCCUGGGUCCAAAAGGAUUCUGUCGAAUAAAGGCUGUGAAAAUGCAGGGUAUUCUCCUGGUCACGUUUGUGAAGCGCGAGUACCUGCUCUCUGUGGCACACAUAGAGUCCGAAAUCUCAAGGGCAGGCAUGGGUGGAUGGUGGGGAAACAAGGGAGGAGUCAGUAUACGUUUUGAUCUCAAUGGAGUGAACAUGAUCAUCGUUAAUUCUCACUUAGCAGCCCACAUGCACAACUCUGCAGAAAGGAUUGAGGACUUUUUCACGAUUUUGGAUACACAGCAUUUUAGAGAUAAAGAUGUGGAGCACAUAUUAGAUCACGAUUAUGUUUUCUGGAUGGGAGAUCUUAACUUCAGAAUCGAUAAGUACUCACGAGAAGAAGUAGAGAAAUAUAUUGAGAAGAAGGACUUUGAAACUCUUCUGAAACAAGAUCAGUUAAUGAAAUGUAGGGAGGAAGGUCUCAUCUUUUGUGAUUUUGAAGAAGGAAAAGUUGAUUUUCCCCCUACCUACAAAUUUGAUAAAGGAACAGACGAUUACGAUAACAGUGCUAAGAAGCGAGUGCCAGCAUGGUGUGACAGAAUUCUUUGGCAGAUCCAUGAUGAUGCUUUUGAGAAGAUAACGAUCUCAGCUGAUCUAGUCGAGUACAAAUCCAUUCCAUCCUAUGUCAUGAGUGAUCACAAACCAGUGACUGCAACAUUUAACAUUAAGGUGUUUCCAUGCCAGCGGUAUCCCGCAUCUGUGACCUUUGACAUUGACAAAUGUUGGAAAGCUGGAAAGAGUGCAACCCUUAGAUAUAAGAUGAAGAAAGAUUCUGAAAUAAUGUCCUCUAACCGAGAUUGGAUUGGAUUAUAUAAGAGCAAUUUUUUCCAUCUGAAUGACUAUGUGACAUAUGCCUGGGCCCAGGAGUACGCAGAAAAGAGCCCAGAAGGGGUAGAAGUGACACUUUCUGGGCGGUACUUGUCUGUGUGUCCGGGGAAUUACCGAGUAGGGUACAUCAGUACUUACAAAGACACUCUCAUGGGAAUGAGUGAGGAGUUUCAGAUUGUAUCCUGAGUGACUCUAUAGAAAAAGAACAAAGCCAGCCUUCUCAGAUUUCACUGCCAAAAGAACUAAUAAAUCCAGAGAGAAUCUACAUUUACCUCUUUUUGAUUUUUACCUUAAGCCAAAAAACAUUGAUAAGAUUUUCAUAUUUUCCACACUAUAGGAAACUGCCGAGUACCUUGUGAAGAAAGAAUUAAGAAGAAUGUCAUUUUAACUGUGUCAGCUCAUCUGCUGCAAUACAUGCCAAGAUGUCUUCUUGACAGAUUUUCUGAUACAAAUGUCAUAAUGUAUGUAAAUUAAAAUUUUUAAAAGCUUUACAUAUUGAUAUACAUGUAUUGUAAAAAUAGAUUUUUUUACUGCAAGCUUUUGUGGGUAUUGGCAAUUUUUUACGUAAUGUGUGAUAAUAGUUUACCGUAUGCUCAGAUUCAGAGAUUUUUCCAAAAGGGGGUCCACUCCAAGAAUGGAUACCACCCCUGGCAAUUUCUUAUGAGAGGUAUCCACCCCUGGCAAUUUCUUAUGAGAGGGAUCCAUCCCUAACAAUUUUUUAUGACAGGGGGAUUUACCCAGACAAUUGUACUUAAAUAGAGUUCAACCUAUACAAAAAGAGCAAUUAUUAUAGUUUUUCACACCUUAAAUGUACCAAAAUAGUUACAAAGAUUUAUUUUUUUCAAUCCUGACUUCAGGUACCCCCUUUUCUGUAUCUGCACAUUUAGGUGUCUAUGGAAAAUGAAAAUACAUGUGCUAAAGUACAUGCUAAUUUCAAGCAUAUUUAUCUAUAAAUUUAUCAAACAGGAACAAUGUACAAUUUAUAUGUAUAAGAUUCUCCCCCACAUAGGAGUAAGUUAAGUUUGUGAUGUCCAAACACAGUUCAGGCUAUUUGUGAAAAUAUUUUCUAACUUCAGUGUUCCAAUUUAUAUAGGCAAUCCAUAUUGUAUUUGAUUGCUUUAUAUUGUAUUUGUAUGUUUUUAGUAUAACAUUUCCUUGCUAUUUGGGUGUUUUAGAAACAAAUGAUACAUGCAAGUUACUGCAUACUAUAUGGAACAAUUUUUAUACUGGAAUAUUUAUCAUUUACUUUGAUUCAUGAAAAGCCUCUCUCAGAAAUCAAAUUUCAAAUGCAUUAACUCAUUUAACAAUAUAUAUGUUUACAGAUUAAUGGGACUGGUUCACGAUUUUUGGAAAAAAAAUAUUUUGCAUUUUUGAUGUUAAACGUUUAAAAAUAUAACUCAUUUAAUGUUGACAGUUGCAAUUUUUCGUUUUUGCAAAUGCUGAACAACAAUUUCACCAAAUGAAGUGCUUGCAUGUAUUUAAAAAAUCUACAGUAAAAGCACCUUUUUAAUGGUAUUGUUAAACACAGCUAAAGCAAGGUGCUACAAACAAUAAAGUUUGCUAUGUUUACCAAAAUUCAUAUUGCUCAGUUUUCGUUCUCCAUAUGUUGCUAACAAUGGGGAAUUAAAAUAACUCCAUUACAAUCAUUACUGGGUCUAUAAAAUGACAUUUAAUGUGAUCGAUGUAACUGUUUUUUAUAUUGUUGUAUAUAUAUGUUAUUGAAAUAAUGUUCAGUUGUAUUCAGAAUUUUAUGUUUUGUUGUAUGGAUUUUUAGAAUUCACAAUUUUAAGGAAUUCGAUUUUAAGAAUUGCCUAUAUUGAAAAAAAAAAGUUAUAUUGGGGCAUGUAUCAUGUUUAUAUGGAAAACAUCUAUUUAUACAAAUAUCCUGAAUCCUAGUACCAAGUGAUAGAAUCGUAAGCUCAUGAUUCUUUCUGUUUAUAAAGAUAUUUUAUUAAACUAUAUCUAUAAAUAGGGUUAUAGGAAAGGUUUUUUGUUUAAUUUUUUUUAUAUAGAUUUUCCUUUGGUGUUAAAUGUACCAUUUGCCCUGUUUUAUAAUAAAAUGUUAUAAGGAAUCUGAGAAUGACAGAUA